UUAGUACGACUAUUGUUCUCAAAGGGUCGAGUGGCGCCAAUUAAAACAUUGACAAUUCCGAGACUUGAAUUGUGCGGUGCUGUGAUGGGAGCUCGUCUUUAUGAAAAGGCUAUUGGUUCGUUAAGACUUCAAAUUAGGCAAGUGACAUUUUGGACGGAUUCAACAAUUGUUCUUGGAUGGCUCAAUAUGUUACCAAGCAAACUAAAUACAUUUGUUCGUAAUCGCGUCGCCGAAAUAGUAGAAAAAACCAAUCCAUUUCCAUGGAGACACGUUCCAACCGGCCAGAAUCCCGCAGAUUUCAUAACUCGUGGAGUUGGUGCUAAUUUGAUCAAGUCUUUAGACCCUUGGUGGUGUGGUCCUGAAUUUCUUCAAUUAGAAAAAUCUGGCUGGCCUAACGUUACCGCGGUCGCAAGCGACUUACCAGAGACUCGCCCAGAAAUAACUCUCCAUACAAUGAAAAGCCAGAGCUCUCAAAACUCAAUUAUUGAAUUUCAUCGUUUUUCCAACUUUACUAGAUUACAGCGUUCCGUUGCAUACAUGUUACGUUUCAUCAAUCGUUGCAAAAGGCAAAUCAUGCCAACGUCUUAUUUAGGUGAAGAUGAAUUACGGAAUUCGUUGUAUUUAAUCAUUCAAAUGGUACAGAAAGAGUCCUUUCCUGAAUAUGAGUUACUAUUAAACAAACAGAAACUUCCUCCGAAGAGCUCUUUAAAUAAAUUUAAUAUUUUCUUAGACAAAAACAAUAUAAUUCGCGUUGGAGGUCGCCUUAAUAAUUCACAGUUUUUAUAUGAUAAAAAAUAUCCUAUUUUAAUACAGUCCACACAUCGUUUUACUAAAUUAUUAUUUCAACAUGAACAUAAACGUCUUAUGCAUGCAGGCCCCCAGCUUCUUUUGGCCACAAUUAGAGAAAUGUAUUGGCCCAUAGGUGGUCGCAACCUAGCAAGGAUAUGCUACCAUCAAUGCGUGCUAUGUCGCCGCAUGAAGGGUCAAACCGUCAACCCUAUAAUGGGGAACUAUCCACAGCAGCGUCUCGUUGUAGGAGAACACCCAUUCACUAGCGUAGGGGUGGAUUAUGCUGGUCCUAUCACCGCAGCAAGUCGUCAAGGUCGUGGUUGCAGAUUUGUAAAGGUUUACAUUGCCAUUUUCAUUUGCUUUACGACUAAGGCCAUUCAUUUGGAGUUAGUAGGUGAUUUAACGAGCAAUAACUACUUGUCGGCAUUGCGUAGAUUUAUAGCGCGAAGAGGAAAACCCUCUAAUAUGUACUCCGACAAUGGUACCACCUUUGUAGGUGCUUAUAAUGAGCUCUCUAAAUUUCUAAAAAGCAACUGUGAUUCGAUUGCUGAAGGUGCAGUCAAUGAAGGCAUUAAUAUUCAUUAUAUACCGGCGUACAGUCCUCAUUUUGGCGGAUUAUGGGAGGCUGGUGUUAAGUCGACCAAGUAUCACUUAGUGCGCGUGCUGGGAAAUUGUCAUUUAACUUACGAGGAGCUUAACACAACUUUGGUUCAAAUUGAAGCCCUGUUAAAUUCACGGCCUCUGACCCCGCUGUCAUCGGAGCCUGACGACCUGAUGCCACUAACACCAGGACAUUUUCUGAUUGGGAGACCAUUCACAUCGUUACCAACAAGUGACCUCACAGAUCAGUGUACAAGCCACCUAAGUCGUUAUCAACGGAUUGAGCAGUUACGUCAACACUUUUGGAACAGAUGGUCCAAAGAGUAUAUAUCUGAGUUACAGACAAGGUCUAAAUGGCAGUUGGCGAAAAGUGAGGUGACAAUGGGAUCAUUAGUAGUGGUAAAGGAUGAUCAUCUACCACCAUUGAAAUGGCGCUUUGGUCGCGUUGUGGGAGUUCACCCAGGAUCUGAUGGAGUGACAAGGGUCGCAGAUGUUAAAUGUUCCAACGGGAUACUCCGACGUGCUGUCACCAAGAUCUGUCCACUGCCAAUCUGCACUGAGGAUGCUGAAGGUGGUGGGAAAUAGGUUUUCCCACGGGUGGGGAUAUGUCGACGCCUGCAGCUUUAAACCAGCAAAGUUUAUAUUUACAUGUUUAAUGUAUUUUUGUAAGGGUUUACUGUUAUGUCCUUCUUGUUCAAUUACACGUGCGUCAGCAAGCAAUAAA